AUGUCAUCAGUUGAGCUAAGAAAAACUUUUCAAGAAACACCAGUUGAAAUUACAUCAACUGGAUUUGAUUUUUAUUCAGCUGAUGAAAUACGACAUAUGAGUGUAAAAGAAAUUACAAAAGGAACAUCAUUUGAUUUAUUAGGAAAUCAAGAAUUAGAAGGACUGUAUGAUCCAGCACUUGGAGUUUUUGGGAAAAAUACUAUAUGUCCAACAUGUGGACUUACUGAAGAAGGAUGUCCAGGACAUUUUGGACAUUUUGAACUUGAAGAACCAUUAUAUCAACCGUUAUUAUUACCAGAAUUAGUAAAAUUAUUAAGAUCUAUUUGUAUGAAAUGUCAUUCAUUAAAAGCAUCAAAACAAGUAAUACUUGGAGCAGCAAUUGAACUUGAACGAUUAUCAAAAAAUGAUAUUGAAGGAGCGAUGGAUAUUCAUGGAUUAGUUAAAGAAGCACAAUAUAUACAAAGGAAAGCAAAUGCAUCAAGAGGAAAAUUAAAAAGAGAACAAGUUGAAGAUGAAGAGAAUUUAACAGUUGAACGAGAAGUAGAUAAAGAAUUAGAAAGAAUAUUUAAAAAAGAAUGUGGAAAAGGAAUUAAGAAAGAUAUAAGUUUUAUUCAUACAGAUACACAUUGUAAAGCAGUUAAAAAUGAACUUAUUGCACAUAUGGUAGCAUUAAAAGAUAAACCAUGUCCAUAUUGUAAAACAGUAUCACCAAAAAUAGUAUUAAAUGAUUCAAAAACAGGAUUUGUAUUUUAUGGAGAAAAUACAGAUGCAGCUAAAAAUCGAAGUGAACAUAAAUAUGAAACAACGCCAUCAUAUAUAAUGAAUAUUCUUAAAGAAGCAUGGGAACAUAAUGAUAUACAAAAUGAAGUAUUAAGUAGAAUGUAUUAUAGUCAAAUGAGAGGAGGAGAAAAGUUAGAUAUUAUUAUACCAAGUUAUCAUAUAUUUUUUGUAGAAGUUCUUCCAAUUCCACCAAGUAGAUUUAGACAAUUAAAUAAAUUUGGAGAAUUAAUUAGUGAUCAUCCACAGAGUAUUUAUUAUAGAACAAUUAUUGAAUCAAGUAAUACAUUAAAAGUAAGAAGAGAAGGAACAAGAAUAGAUUAUUCAGAAAGAUUUUUAAUAGAUCAAAUGCAAAAAGCAUAUAAUUUAUUAAUUCUUACAGGAAAUGCAGAAGAAGGAAUAUCAAUGAAAAGUAUUUUAGAACAUAAAAAAGGAUUAUUUAGAAAUAAUAUGAUGGGAAAAAGAGUUAAUUAUGCAGCACGUACAGUUAUUUCACCAGAUCCAUUUCUUCCAACAAAUACAAUUGGAAUGCCACUUCCAUUUGCUAUGAGAUUAACAAUUGCAGUACCAGUAAAUGAAAGAAAUUAUGAAGAAAUGAAACAAGCAGUUAUUAAUGGACCACAAGUAUGGCCAGGAGCAUUAUAUAUUGAAAAUGAAUGGGGACAUAAAAUUGUAUUAUUAGAUGAUAGUAAUCCAUAUAAUAAAACAAAAAGACAAGGAGAAGCAGAAAGAUUACUUGUUAUUGAUCCAAAAGCACCAAGAAGUUUUAAAACAGUAUUUAGACAUGUUAUUGAUAAUGAUAUGGUAUUAUCAAAUAGACAACCAACAUUACAUAAACCAGGAAUUAUGGGACAUUAUGUUAAAGUAUUAAAAAUUGAAAAAACAAUUCGUAUGCAUUAUGCUAAUUGUAAUACAUUUAAUGCAGAUUUUGAUGGAGAUGAAAUGAAUUUACAUCUUCCACAAAGUAUGGAAGCAAGAAGUGAAGUAAUGAAUAUUGCAUUAUCAGAUGAGCAAUAUGUUGUUCCAAAGAAUGGACAACCAUUAAGAGGACUUAUUCAAGAUCAUGUUAUUUCAUCAUUUAUGUUAACAAAAAGAGAUACAUUCUUUAAUAAAGAAGAAUAUUGUCAAAUUAUUUAUACAGCAUUAUAUGGAAUAUAUGAACAAUAUUCUAUUAGAAUUCCAAAACCAGCUAUUCUUAAACCAAUACCAAAAUGGACAGGAAAACAAGUUAUAACAGGAAUUUUAAUGCAUAUUAGUACAAAUCAUUGUACAAUUAAUUUUGAAGGAAAAUGUAAAAUAUCAACAAAUGAAAUUAAUAGAGGAGGAUAUCAAACAAAAAAAGAAAUAGAAAUGAUGAAACAAAAAGAUGAAUUUACAGAGAAAUGGAAUGGUGCUAAUGAUAGUUUAUGUAUUAUUAAAGAAUCACAAAUGUUAACAGGAACAUUAGAUAAAAAUCAAAUUGGAGCAACAAAUCAAAGUUUAAUUCAUGCAAUUUAUGAAUUAUAUAAUGGUAAAGUUGCAGGAAUGUGUCUUACAUUAUUAUCAAGAUUAUUAACAACAUAUUUACAAAGAAUUGGACAUACAUGUUCAUUAGAUGAUUGUAUGUUAAAACCAGAAUUUGAUAAUAAAAGAACAGAAAUGUUAAAUAAAACAAAUGAAUUAGCACGUAUUGCUACAGCAAAACAUUUUAAAUUAGAAGGACAUUCUAAAUAUGAUAUUGAUCUUGCACUUGCUAAUGCUAGAAGAAGACCACAACUUUCUAAAGAACUUGAUGAUUCAGUUAAAAAUGAAGUUAAUGAAUGUACAUCAAAUGUAAUUAAAGAAUGUAUUCCAUAUGGACAAUUAAGAGCAUUUCCAUGGAAUAGUCUUGCAUUAAUGACAACAACAGGAGCAAAAGGAUCAAAAGUUAAUCAUUCACAAAUUACAUGUUUACUUGGACAACAAGAAUUAGAAGGAAGAAGAGUACCAGUUAUGGCAACAGGUAAAACAUUACCAUCAUUUCCACGAUAUGAUACAUCAGCAAGAGCAGGAGGAUUUAUUGCAUCAAGAUUCCUUACAGGAGUUCCACCACAAGAAUUCUUUUUCCAUUGUAUGGCAGGAAGAGAAGGAUUAAUUGAUACAGCAGUUAAAACAGCAAGUUCAGGAUAUCUUCAAAGAUGUGUAAUUAAAAUGUUAGAAUCAUUACAUGUAGAAUAUGAUUAUUCAGUAAGAGAAUCAGAUGGAUCAAUUAUAGAAUUUAUGUAUGGAGAUGAUGGAAUUGAUGUAAUGAAAAGUGGAUUUCUUAAUAAUAUUGAUUUUUGGGCAAAUAAUUAUGAUGCAUUAGUUUCAAAAUAUGAAACAAAAACUAUUCUUUCAAAAUUUAAAAAAGGAUUUUCAAGAGCAUGUAAAUUACAAAAAAAAUGUUUAAGACAUCCAGAACAAUAUGAACCAGUUCAAAGUAUUUAUUCACCAAGUAAUAAUCUUGCAGCUGUAAGUGAAAAAUAUUAUAAAUUAAUUAAUGAUUAUAUUAAAGAAGAUAAAAGAGGAGAAUUUAAAAGUGGUAAACUUGAUCCAGAAACAUUUAAAGUUAUGAUGAUGUUAAAAUAUAAUAAAUCAUUAAUUAAUCCUGGAGAACCUGUUGGUGUUUUAGCAGGUCAAUCUAUUGGAGAACCAUCAACACAAAUGACAUUAAAUACAUUCCAUUUAGCAGGAAGAGGAGAUGUUAAUGUUACAUUAGGUAUGCCUCGUAUUAAAGAGUUAGUAAUGUUUGCUAAAAAAGAAAUUGCUACACCAUCAAUGAUUCUUUAUUUAAAAGAACCAAAUCAAAAAAAUACUGAAAAAUUAGCUAAAUUAUUAACUAAAGUUACAUUAGCAAAUAUUAUUGAAGGAAUUAAAUGUUUAGAUUCUAUUAUUGUUCACGAAGGACAAAGAAAAAGACAAUAUACUAUUGAUCUUACACUUAUUGAUAAAUAUGAAGAAAUUGUUGAUUUUAAUACUUCAGAUAUUACUAAAAAAGUUAAUUCUGUUUUAAUGAAUGAAAUUACAAAAAGACAACAAAAUAAAGUUGGUAUUGAUAUUGAUUAUAAAGGUGUUAGUGGAGAAGAAGCUGAAGAAAAAGUUAAAGAAGAAGAUGAAGAUGUUCAAGAAAAAAUUAAUAAAGGUAAAGUUAUUGAAGAAGAAGUAUUUGAAGAAGAGAAAAAUGAAAUGAGUGAAGAAGAAGAAGUAGAAAAAGAAGAAAAGAAUUCAUCAUCAUCUGAAGAAGAAGAAGAAAAAGAAGAAAAGAAUUUAUCAGAAGAAAAAGAAGAGAAAAAAGGAAAAUCAAAAAUUAUAGAAAAAGAAGAAAAAGUAAAAAAACAACAUCUUAUUGUGAGUGUAUUACUUAAUGUUAAUGAUAAAGUAUCAAUGGUAUCUGUUGUAGAAAAAGUGAUUGAAAAGAUUGUUUUAUAUGAAUGUCCAAAUAUUGUUAGAGGUAUUCCUUUAAGUAAAAAGAAAGAAGGACGUACUAUAUAUUAUGUUAUGACUGAAGGAGUUAAUUUUAGAGCUGUUCUUCAAUUUGGUAAUUUAGUUGAUGUUGAUUCAGUUGAAACAAAUGAUGUUUAUGCUGUCUUAAAUAUGUAUGGUGUUGAAGCUGCACGUACUGUUCUUAUUCAUGAAAUUGAUUCUGUAUUUAAGGCAUAUGGUAUUGAUGUUGAUCCAAGACAUUUGAAUCUUGUUGCAGAUUAUAUGACUUAUGAAGGAGAAUAUAAAUCAUUGAAUAGAUCUGGUAUGGAUCAUAAUCCAUCUCCAUUCACUAAAAUCACAUUUGAAACAUCACUUGGAUUCUUAGCUAAAACAUGUGUUUCAGGUCAAAAAGAUAAUUUAAAAAGUCCAUCAGGAUCAGUUGUAAUGGGUAAAAAUAUGGUAUUUGGAACAGGUGCAUUUGAUAUUUACACUGAAUUAACUGAUGAAUAA